AUUGGAUUUAACAUAUUUGGACCGCGUCCCAACUGAUCGCUGCCAACUCUCUUUGUUUUAAUCGGCGUACACUCUUGCGUAUUCCACGCGAACUAAUACCCCCGUCAUCUCUCGAAACAAUAAUUGAGAACAGUUGAAAAGUGCCGGCACCGAUUAUUUGCACUAGACCUUUUGUAAACAUUUUUUUUAAUAUUAGAAAUUGUCUCAGACUGCAAGAUAUUCGAAAUAAAAGGAAAUUAUUGUAACUUAUUUCUAUAACUGAAACAAAUUAAAUUUUAUAAUAAUAUAAUUAUGUUCCUGAAAACAUGUAAUGAUCCUGUCAAUUCACUUCAAUAAAUACAUAAAUUAAUACAUUUAAAAAAUGUGUACUGUGCCAUUCAAUUCGGUGCCGGCUGAAGUAUAGGCGAUGACGCGGUAGUUCUUUGACACUUGCCACGUUGCCAUGUGAAUAGAUGAAAACAUGCUGAUGACGGUCGUCUAACCUGCUCAUCUACUUGAAUAAUAAACGAUAGUAGCGAUUUUAUCCUACCUUACAGUAUUUUACGAAAUAAAAUUAGAAUCGCUGAGCAUUGCUUUAGCAUUGCUGUAGUCUCGUGUUCGGAGAUUUUAUGUUUGGGCUGGCAGCAGUGACGUGCUUUGCGUGGUGAGGGCGGUGAGACAGGGUGGUGUUGGAGCACGAUAGGAGGCGGUAGCGGUCCUUGGCAGACAGUAGCGAUUAGCUAUAAGCGUAAUUGUGCGGAAAGCGACUGCCUUUCAGAUCAGGUGAAUUGUAUGAUAAGCAACCAGUCUGCUGAGGCAGACAGUGGGAGGUGUAGUAGUGCUGUGCAGUUAUGUCAACUGUUAAGUUGGAGUUCUCGGGUUCCUUAACCCCAUCGGACCCUCAAAAGAAGCCGGUAGUCAUCAUUGGCCAACUUAAAAAUUUGGCAAAAGCAAAAUUUUCAGAUUUGAGUGUGAAACUUGCACCUCAUGUGUCUGAAGAGAUUUACAGUACUGCUUUAGCCAGUCUCCACCCUUCUCCUACUGACACAUGUUCUCUAUAUUUGAAUUUGGCAACGUUAGCUGCACUUCCUUUAAAGUGCAGUCGUCAUAAUACACCUUCACGAUCUCAUGCCAUUACCAAGAUAGUACGAAGCACUGCUGUAGGAGUAGAUGAAUCAAUUGUGAUUGUGUGCGAACGAAGUGAUGUAUUUGCUUCAGCAUGUGCUGUUGCUCGUGCUUAUCCCUUAUACUCAUGUAAAACUUCAAGCAACUCCAGUCACAACACACAGACAACUGUGAGUGUGGAAUUUUUGCUUGUCCCGGGCUCUGAUGUGGCAAAUGAAAGAAAUGGAAUAACUGAUGAUGUAAUGUCAUUAUCUUCAGAAGAUUUAGAUUGUUUGGAAUCAGCAUGUCAGGGAAUUAGGUUAGCUGCAAAAAUUGUUGAUGCACCAUGUAAUCAGAUGAAUGUGGAUCAUUUUCUCCAGGAGGUGCAAGCUGUAGGCUCUGCUAUUGGAACUCCUUUCCAUGUAAUUCGUGGUGAGGAACUGAAAGCAAAAGGUUUUGGAGGAAUUUAUGGUGUAGGAAAAGCUGCUGCGGUAGGGCCAGCUUUGGCUGUGCUCUCUCAUCGACCAGAAGGUGCUACCCAAACAAUAGCAUGGGUUGGAAAAGGAAUUGUUUAUGAUACUGGAGGACUGAGUAUUAAAGGAAAGACUGCUAUGCCGGGAAUGAAACGUGACUGUGGAGGGGCCGCAGGUGUUCUAGGUGCAUUUUAUGCAACUGUAAAGGCUGGCUUCUCCCAAAAUCUGCAUGCUGUGUUUUGUUUGGCAGAAAAUGCUGUAGGUCCUGAUGCUACACGCCCUGAUGAUAUUCACACUUUAUACUCAGGAAGAACUGUAGAAAUAAAUAAUACUGAUGCUGAAGGGCGAUUGGUUCUGUCAGAUGGAGUUGCAUAUGCACAGAAAGACUUGAAAGCAAAUAUAAUUCUGGAUAUGGCUACUUUGACAGGUGCUCAGGGUAUAAGUACAGGAAAAUAUCAUGGAGCAGUACUUACAAACAAUGAAGAAUGGGAAGAGGCAUCUGUUUAUGCUGGCAAAGUGUCAGGAGAUCUACUCUUCCCAAUUUUAUAUUGCCCUGAAUUACAUUUUACUGAAUUUGCUUCUGCUGUAGCAGAUAUGAAAAAUUCAGUUGCGGAUCGAAAUAAUGCCCAGUCUUCAUGUGCUGGUCUCUUCAUUGGUGCACAUCUAGGCUUUGACUAUCCUGGAGUGUGGAUGCACAUCGAUAUGGCAUAUCCUGUACACAGUGGUGAACGUGCUACUGGAUAUGGUGUUGCCUUGUUAGCAACUUUAUUUGGCAAUUUUUCUACUGAUCGUUUGCUUCAAAGUCUGGCUCCACCUUUAAGAAGUAAUGGAAAUGAAGGUGGCAAUGUUUGUAAGAAGCUGAAAAGAAAUUAAUGUGUGGUUGCUUUUAAAGGAUUAUUUUCUAAUGUGGAUUUCUACUGUAUGUGACAAGAUUUGAAUGUUUUAGUAUGUUGUGUUGUUGAACAGUUUUAAAUUUUACUAAUGAUAAAACUGUCAAUCAGAAAUAAAAAAUUUGGAUCUCUGUUGUUAACACGUAAUAAGCUAAUAUGUUAAAACGGGAAUUAGCAUUUAAUGGGUUAAAAUUGUAAUUGAAUUAAUUGAAAAUAAAUAUUUGUUUUAUUGAAAAUGUGUUUCUAUUACCCAUAUUUGUAAAAUACAGGAUAGCUCAGGUAAUUUUACG